UCCAACUGCAUUCCAGCACCGCUCCUGCCCAAGGGGGUGCAGAGGUCCAGGCGGAGCAGAAGUGCAGAGGGUGGGAUCCGCUGCUGUUCCCGAAUCCCCUCGCGCCCGCCGAUCCUGACAACUGCUGUGCGGCGGUCGGUGGCGAAAAAAGGAGGUUCCGAGCACCGGCGGGCCUAACAGGACCUAGGGCUGCGGGCUGCUCUCGGGAGCCGGUCCAGCUUAGCAGAGGGAGGAGCCUGCCUUGCUGAUAGCUGGCGCCUGGGAAACCAGCUGCGUGUUGACCCAGAAGCUGCUCAGUCAGCCUGGAACCAAGGCGGGGGUCCCGCCCUGGAAGAUGGCCUACUAUGGGAAGUGCAUUGAAACGGUGAUGAAGCACCUGGACCGAUUUCAGCCUAAGAAGGACAGUCCCGAGCAGUUCCUGGAGGCCGUGGCCAACUCCCUGCAGACACUGAGCCCCCAGAAGCAGGCGUUCAUCAUGGAGAUCCUGUCGGGGUGCCUAGAGUACCGCAAGCUGCUGACCAUCGUGGUGGACGCCUUCUAUGUGCGGGACGGCCGGCUCUGCCCGCGGGCUGACUACAGCCUCUUUGAGGUGAUCUGCUACUUGGCCACGUUCCAGCUGGAGGAGCUUGGCUUUCAGCUCUUCUGUGACGUCGUGCGGUCCCAGCCGGUCCACAAGGUGUGCAAGUUCCUCGGGUUCCUCUUCAGCCCCUUGAACCUCGGCUCAUGGAUCAAGGACGAGUGGAGCCUUGUCUACGAGACAUCCCACGUGAAGGAGAACUGGAUCGAUCCCCUGAUGAGGUGGCAGCCGGAAGUCCAGGAGCUGAUCGACCAGCUGCAGGGGGAGCUGACCAGCCAGCCCUCUCCUCCCAAGAGCAAGGCCAAGGUCACAGAGCCCAAGGAGUUCAGCCUGACCACCCCCAGGCCCCGCGCCAUCCCCGUGCCUGAGCUGGUCCCCAAGGUGGCCAAGACCAGACCGGUCCCCAGGAGCACCUACCAGCCGCCCAAGGAGCAGCGGCUGCUGGAGAUGACCAAGAGAUACAACCGCUGGAAGGCCGAGGAGCUGCUGCUGCGGGCUAACAUCGAGGAGCUGCGGUGCGCGAUGCCCAGGAGCCGCGGGGAGCUCCCGCGGCAGGGCUCCGAGAAGAAGCCGCGGCCCCCGCUCCCGCCUCGUAUCCUCAAGACCCAGAAACUGACCUUCUACACGCCUAACGACAACGCCCCGGUCAAGCUCAACACGGCCGCCAUCCUGCGCGAAGGGGCCCUGUACCAGCGGCAGGUGGAGAACGAGCUGCAGAGGGUGGACCGGCUCGUGGGCGGGGCCGGGGACUUCUCCGAGUUCCUCGAGUGGCAGAGGCGGAUGCAGGCGAAGGACCGGGUGGCGCAGCUGGCCGCGGGCGAGGUCCGCCGGCUGCGGGGGAAGCUGAGCCACGAGGAGGCGGCGCUGGCGCGGCAGCAGGUGGCGCAGGAGAAGAGGCGCAUGGCAGAGCUGAAGAAGGAGGAGACAGCUGAGCUGAUGCAGCGGUGCGCAGAGAGGCGCCUCCAGGAGGAAAAGUCCAUGAAGGAGCUGGUGGAGCAGGUGAUAGAGACACAGAAGAACGUCAAGGUGGCGCAGACGGAGCUCCGAAAGGGCCGCCGGCGGAUAGCUCAGGAGGUGACGGAGGAGAACCGGGAGCUGCUGCAGCGCAGCACGGAGGCGGCCAAGGAGGAGCAGAAGCGGCGCUGCGACCUCGUCUCCCAGCUGCGAGCCCUGGAGUUUCGGCCCACGCGCAGGGGCAAGCUGGUGGACCUGACCCAGAUCCCUGGCCACGGCCUGGAGGGGGAGAUGUCGGUCGUGGAAUUGCGUGAGCGGCUGGCCCUCCUCAAGGAGACCCGGCGCCGCCAGGAGGAGGAGCGGCGAGACCAGAUCAUCCAGGGCAAGCGCGCCAAGAGCCAGGAGCUGCGGGACACGCUGGAGCAGGUGGUGCUGUGCCGCGCUGCCAUGGGGAGGUCUGCAGCCCUGAGGUGGGAGGAGAAGAAGGCGCGGUGGGCAGCCGCCGGAGCGCCCUCCCAGGACGAGCGUGUGCUCGAGCUGCAGCGCCGGAUCCAGGAGAAGGCCGCCGAGCGGCGCGCGCGGGCGGCCUCGGGGCACGUGCCGGCGCCGCGGGCCAUGCGCCCCAAGCAGCGGGUGAGCCCAGGGGCGGCCGCGAGGGCGCGCCGCGCGGGGGUCGGGGACGCCGGCGCGGGACGCGAGGCGCAGCUGGAGGCGCAGCGCAGGCUGGAGCUGGAGCGGAGCCGCGAGCGCUGGCUGCGGGCGCAGCAACCCGGAUGCGGACCCGCGCGCCGCCUGGGGGCCGCCUGA